AUGGUGUUAACCUUGGCGAGACGCGGCUUGAAGAAAAUAUACUUUCCAAACAUAAUUUUUAGACUUGUUCGCGCCCCAAAUUUGGCGUCAAAUCAAGUGGCCUUUCGUGUGCCUCCAAAGGUCAAUAAGCUUGACAUUCGUGAUUAUUUAACUCACAUAUAUCAAGUUAAAGUUGUCGAUGUGCGUACAAUGAAUUACGCCGCAAAACGUCCCGUUAGGAAGAAAAGUGGUGUGAUUCGAGGUCAUUAUCAUUCGAGAUAUAAAAAAGCUAUCGUAACUCUAUGUGAAGAUUUCGUAUAUCCUCCCGAACCCGACAGGCUCUAUUUGGACGAAUUUGAGGAUAAGGCUGAGAUGGUGAGAUUGUACACCAGGAAAUUGGCGGGAUGGAAAUCCAGGCCGCAAAGAAUUAACGUAAGAGUAAAGGAGAGAUUAAAUAAAAUCAAUGAGAUCGAAAAGCAAAAUGUGAAAGAGGACUUGGAUUAG